AUGAUUGCAUCUACCAGCAUGGUAACUAAAAACAAAUUUACCCUGGAUGAUGAUGAUCUUCUAAGGUCCCUCGUUGACGAACAUGGUAAAGACUGGAAUUUAGUUGCUGAACACAUGAAAACAAAAAAUGCUAGACAAUGUAAAGACAGAUAUGAGAAGUAUUUAGCUCCACAUUUGAAUCUCAGCCCAUUCACUAUAGAAGAAGACAUACAACUUUUAACGUUAUACAAAAAAUUUGGCUGCCGAUGGAUCAAAAUAUCAGAAUUAAUGCCAGGACGCUCGGAUGUUGCUAUCAAAGCAAGGUUUAGAUUAUUGAAACGUCAUGGAAAGACAAUACAAAACUUAAAGAAGGAGAAAAAUCAGUCACUCAAAAAUAAAGAACCAAAAUGUGAGCCCGGAAAUACAUUCUAUGAACAAUUAGAAAAUAUUUUUGGAACAUGCGAUGAUGAUUUUGUUGGUUUAUUAUGUUGA